AUGGAAGAAAGCAGCAGUGUUGCCAUGUUGGUGCCAGAUAUUGGAGAGCAAGAAGCUAUAUUGACUGCUGAAAGUAUCAUCAGUCCUUCACUGGAAAUUGAUGAACAAAGAAAACCUAAAACAGAUCCAUUAAUUCAUGUUAUCCAGAAGUUAAGCAAGAUAGUGGAACAUGAAAAGUCACAAAAAUGUCUUUUAAUUGGGAAAAAACGCACACGGUCAAGUGCCACAACAUGCUCUCUUGAAACCCAAGAACUCUGUGAGAUUCCAGCUAAAGUAACCCAAUCACCUGCUGCUGCUAUUAGAAGGGCUGAGAUGUCACAAACAAAUCUUACCGCUGACUCUCCUGCCCAGAAUGACGGGAAGGCUAUGUCUUACCAGUGCAGCCUUUGUAAGUUUCUGUCAUCAUCUUUUCCUGUGUUAAAAGAUCAUAUUAAGCAGCAUGGUCAGCAGAAUGAAGUGAUAUUGAUGUGCUCAGAGUGCCAUAUCACAUCUAAAAGCCAAGAGGAACUUGAAGCUCACGUGGUAAAUGACCAUGAAAAUGAUGCCAGUAGUCUCACUCAAUCCAAAGCCCAGCAGUGCGUAAGCCCUUCCAACUCCUUAUGUCAGAGAACAGUAGAAAGAAAUAAUGAACCUAUUCCCGAUGUCCCGGUAAAUGCGGACAGUCCGCAAACUCAUACUAUCCAAACUUCAUCUGUGGCAGAAAUGGGUAGGAGGAAAUGGUAUGCGUAUGAACAAUAUGGCAUGUAUCGAUGCUUGUUUUGUAGUUAUACUUGUGGCCAGCAGAGGAUGUUGAAAACACAUGCUUGGAAACAUGCUGGAGAAGUUGAUUGCUCCUAUCCAAUCUUUGAAAAUGAAAAUGAGCCCCUGGGCUUGCUGGAUUCUUCAGUGGCUGCCACACCUGGUGGGGUCGAUGCAGUCGUCAUUGCCAUUGGAGACAGUGAACUGAGUAUCCACAAUGGGCCAUCGGUACAAGUGCAGAUUUGCAGUUCAGAACAGUUACCAUCGUCAUCUCCUUUAGAACAGAGUGCAGAAAGGGGAGUACACCUAAGUCAGUCGGUCACCCUUGACGCUAGUGAGGAAGAAAUGCUCGAGGUGAUUUCGGACGCGGAGGAGAAUCUGAUUGCUGAUAGCCUGCUCUCAUCAGCACAGAAAAUCAUUAGCAGUAGCCCAAAUAAAAAAGGUCACGUUAACGUGAUAGUGGAGCGAUUGCCAGGUGCCGAAGAAACUCUGUCACAGAAACAUUUCCUCAUGAAUGCCGAAAUUGAAGAGGGGAAAAACCUGAGCCAGGCAGAAGCCCAGAUGGGGUGUGAAGGAACGGAUGACGUUUAUCACGCCGAUAAAUGUACCGUUGAUAUUGGGGGGUUGAUCAUAGGCUGGAGCAAUGCAGAGAAGAAAGACGAGUUGAUAAAUAAAGGCCUGGCCCCUGAUGAGAAUGCCCCGCCAGGCCGAAGAAGGACAAAUUCAGAGUCUCUUAGACUGCACUCGCUAGCUGCAGAAGCCCUCGUCACGAUGCCUAUAAGAGCUGCAGAACUUACAAGAGCCAACCUCGGGCACUAUGGGGAUAUAAACCUUUUAGACCCAGAUACUGGACAAAGGCAAGUAGAUAGUACCUUGGCAGCAUAUUCAAAAAUGAUGUCACCGCUUAAAAACUCCCCAGAUGGAUUAACUAGUUUUAACCAAAGUAACUCUACCUUGGUAGCACUCCCGGAGGGAAGGCAGGAAUUGUCAGUCGGGCAAGUUAAGACAGGCAUCAGCAUGUCCUUACUCACCGUAAUUGAAAAAUUGAGAGAAAGGACAGACCAGAAUGCUUCAGACGAUGAUAUUUUGAAAGAGUUGCAGGACAACGCCCAGUGCCAACCCAACAACGAUAGCGGUUUGUCGGGAAGCAGCGUGGUGGAGUACAUCCCUAACGCUGAGCGACCCUACCGUUGCCGCCUGUGUCACUACACGAGCGGUAACAAAGGCUACAUCAAGCAACAUUUGCGAGUCCACCGACAGAGACAGCCUUACCAGUGUCCCAUCUGUGAGCACAUAGCUGACAAUAGCAAAGAUUUGGAGAGCCACAUGAUCAACCACUGUAAAACCAGAAUAUACCAGUGCAAGCGGUGUGAAGAAUCUUUUCAUUACAAGAGUCAACUGAGGAAUCAUGAGAGGGAACAACACAGUCCUCCCGAUACCGCGUCAGUAGCAACUUCUAACGAGUCAGGAAUUGCCAGUGAUACAACCGAUGGAAAGUGUGUUCAGGAAGGGAAUAAGUCUUCAGUCCAGAAACAGUAUAGAUGUGAUGUGUGUGACUAUACAAGUACCACAUAUGUUGGUGUGAGAAACCACAGACGAAUCCAUAAUUCUGAUAAGCCGUACAGAUGCUCUUUGUGUGGGUAUGUGUGCAGCCACCCUCCCUCUUUGAAGUCUCACAUGUGGAAGCACGCGAGUGACCAAAACUAUAACUACGAACAAGUGAACAAGGCUAUUAACGACGCGAUUUCACAGAGUGGCAGAGUUCUGGGGAAAUCGCCUGGAAAGACUUUAUUAAACAGCAGUGAAGAGAAAGCCGAUCCUAUCACUGGAAGUUCAGAAAAUUUGGUGUCAUCUUCAGAACUGAUUUCCCAGGCUCCCAGUGACGUUGUAGGUCCCAACGAGAACGAGAAACUGAGCCCUACAAAUAAUACCUCAUAUAGUUUAGAAAAAAUCUCCAGUCUUGCCCCUGCUGGUAUGGAAUAUUGCGUUUUACUCUUCUGUUGUUGUAUCUGUGGUUUUGAAUCAACCAGUAAAGAAAAUCUCUUGGAGCACAUGAAGGAGCACGAGGGUGAAAUUGUAAACAUCAUCCUAAACAAGGACCACAACACAACGCUAAACACGAAUUAAUGGAAUAAUUACUCGAAGAGGAAAACAGAGGAUUCCCUUGAACCACAGUUUCACCUUUGCACUGUCAAGUAACUUAACAGACACAGAAGAAAUAGUUGGUGUGAUGUUUGAGAAAUGACAGGUGUGACUUUGGAACCAAACUUGUAAUCUAAUAAAAGGAAUUCCAAAUGGA